AUGUGUCAGGUAGAGUACAAGCAAAUGAAUGGGUCAGUUAGGGAACAGAGAUCUGCACUGGCAAUGGUAAUGGCGUUUAUGCCGAAGACUGGGAAGCCCUUCUUGAGACAAAGUUUGGUGCCAUGUUUGGGUAUGCCACCAACUGUUUCAUUGACCCAAUUGAGAUGA